AUUGUCGUUGUUGUGAGUGUGGAUUUAUAUAUAACUGACUUAUAUAUGACAGUUUACUCGGGUGUUAUUUGGCUUUGCGUAUAACUCGUUUCGUUACUCAUAAUUAAAGGAAUUCAAACGACAAUGGCGUUUAAUUUGAAAAAGUGGCUAUUAUUUCUGAUAGGAGUGUCGUUGCUGUCUGUGUGGAUUUUAAAUAUGAUUAAAUUUCAAUGGUGGAGAAUCCCAAAAUAUCGUAUAAACUCCAGUAAUUGGAUAGUUAUAACAACGAGUGUUGAGCCUACAGAUGCUAUAAAAUAUAUGAGUAAUUUACCAAAGUGGAAACUACUUGUAGUAGAAAAUAGUAAUACACCUAAAGACUGGAAAUUGGCAAACUGCAUUUAUCUGAGCUUAGCUGAACAACAACAGUUUAGUAUAUCUAAGUUAAUUCCAACAGAAAGUUAUUCUCGCAAAAUAAUUGGCUAUCUGUAUGCCAUUUCCAAAGGUGCUGAUACUAUUUAUGAUUUAGAUGAAACAAUAAAGUUACUAACAGAUUUAGAUGACCUUGUGAAAACGGAAAAAUUCGAAUAUGGAUUGCAAUAUGAUGGGAAAGGCGUAUUUAAUCAGUUUAAUCAUUUUGGACAAUCAACAAUAUGGCCGAGGGGCUAUCCAAUAAACAAAACAAGUGAAAAUGGGACAAAUAGUUAUUUGGUGUCUGCCUUGAAGACACCAAGUGUAUUACAGAUCGUAAGUAACGGCGACCCAGACAUUGACCCCGUGUUUCGACGGACUUUAAAACCAACAAAGACAUCGUUAAAUAUUUCAUUUGACAAAGCAGCCCCACCUGUUGUCAUUCCACCUGGUGUAUUUGCUGCGAUAAAUAGUCAGACUACCCUCUUCCAGUAUGAGGCCUUAUGGGCCAUGGUUCUUCCCAUCACGCCGUCUUACCUACAUUCUGACGUUAUAAGAGGAUAUUGGACACAGCGUUUGUUGUGGGAAAUUGGGGAAUUUGUCGGUUUUUAUCCCCCAAAUGUGUAUCAAAUUAGAAAUAAUAGGUCAUAUGCACUUCCAGAAGAUUCAAGGGCAUCUUAUUUUGAUCCAAAUAAGUUAAUUGAUUUUCUAAUAGACUGGAAAUGUCCCGUCGCACUAACAUUUUUCCAGUGUGUUGACUUGCUGAGUGGCAAUUUAGCACAGGGUGGAUAUUGGCAGCAAGGCGACCACCAACUUGUCCAAGCCUGGAUACACGAAAUUAAAAUUUCUAGUUACAAAGAGCCGAUCAGAAAACCGUUUACUGAUAAGAAUAUCAAUAAACAUCUCCAUUCAGCUGUAUAUAUUCCAGCGGAAAAGACGGACAUCCGGAACUCAAAAAUACGACAACAAUCGAAAUGGAACCAAGUUUUGGGAAUGACUUCAUUUUGUAAAAACACUUCUUACCAAAUUAAAAGCUCUGGUCUGGCCUCUGUGACCUCUCCAGAUUUACUACUAGUAAUUGUGUUUAAUUUUCCUUUUUACGGUAAUAUACCAUACUUACAGUUGAUAUAUGGUGUGACAUUUACACAUAUAGUCUAUUGUGGUUCUAACAUGAAACGAUUUCUUAAUGCAUCUAGACAAUUUCCGAAUAAAGUCACUUUUGUUGAAUCUGUUGUCGAUGGAGGAUAUUGUCCAUAUACAUGUUUAAGUGCCGCCAUGAAAAUGAAUUUCGAUGUUCAAGGAUACUUCUUUGUUGCAGAUGAUACAUUGCUGAAUUCUGAGAAUAUUCUCACAUUCCCAUUGGACAAGAUAUGGUUCCAUUUUGAAGAUCGUUUUCUUUUCAAAGGUAAAUCUAGUCCUUGGCACUGGUGGCAAAAACCAAUUGGACAAUCCGCAAUGAAUAAAGCGUGGCGAUAUCUCUACAACUUGUCGGCAGAUCCUGAUCUUAAACCAGUUGUUGAUAAGUUUGUGCAUACGCUUCUUGCAAAUAAUGUAUCUAAAGAUGACGCCAUAUCUGGACCAUCAGACAUUGUCUAUAUUCCCAGCAAAUAUAAGAAUGAUGCUAUAUUUCUCUUGGAUGUCUUUGCUAGAUUUAAAUUAUUUUUAGAAAUAGCUAUACCAAUGGUAGUGAACGGCGUAGAAGAAAGAAAUAGUUCAAUCCAUUUAGUGGGGCAGUAUUUGUGGUAUGAUGGUAAAAGAGAGAAAGUACCAGAACUUUUUAAAUCAAGUGACAUUUUCCUUCAUCCUGUAAAACUCUCUAAUAUAAAAACAAAUCUGAAAAUCUUCUUUUGUAAGACGUAUUUCCCACUCACAUUAAAGAAAAUAAAUCCGAACUAAAUAACUACACGAACAUACAACAUGGAUUUUUUAAAGGUGUGUGAUCAUGACAUUUAAAUAUAAUUGAAAGAGAUGGGCCAUAAAGUUUUCCAUAAAGCUAUAUUCUUCGUGGAUUGCUUUGCCGAAAACGAAUAACUUUUAGAAAUAACUUUACCAGUGGUAGUGAACGGUUUAGAAGAAAAGCAUAAUUCAAUCAAUUUAUGUGUAAUAUAAUGGUAAACGAAAUAAAUUACCAGAUCUGUUUUAACCAAGUGACAUUUUCUUUCAUCCUGCAAAACUCUUCAUUUUAAAAACUAUUCAUGCGGAUGCAGAAGCCGAAGCCCAACCGAAAUUGACAGCCCUCUUUGUUAGACUCCCAUCCAUUGCUUGAUGUGAUCGAAUGUGUCCCUUUGAAAUUAGAAAUUGUAUUUUGAAGCGUGGCUACAAUGACCUUUCGCGAAUUUGAGAAGAUAAUAAAUCACAGGGCCGGCGGCCUUGAAAGAGUGUCAAUUUUAGGGAUACUUGCACACACCACGUCAUAGGACUGUGCACGUCUGGACAGAUACCUUUUUAGUGUAUAUGUAGACGGGUAUAAUUUGCUACUUUCCAGUUUGUCCGUUUAGUUUUGUUAUUUAAUUAAUAAUGGGAUUUCGAGUUUUAUUUUACAUAGUUAAAAAGUAAAAAAAAAAGGUGUUAUGGGUUGUGGUGUAUAUACGUUUCUAUUGUAGUUAUACUUUUGAAGUUUUGGUCUUCGUUUUGUGGGAACUAGGAUUUGAUUCUUAUGUUUGGUGGAAUUUAUUCUUUGUGUACUUAGUACUUAAUUACUUUAUUUCUAGAAGGUUUUGUUGUACAUUUCACUUGGAGAUUGUUUAUCAGGUGAUAUGAUUUGUUGUAUUCUGAUUGGUUAUUUGGGUGGCGCAUUUUAUUAAAAGAUAUGAAUCAGUAUCUUUUCCCACUCUUCAUUUUCUGAUUGGAUGACUGGUUCAUUGGUCCCGAUUUAAACAGCUCAUUUCCACAAAUUGGGCAUGUUGUUUUGCUCCUGAUGCUUAUAUUGUUCAUGUGAUGUCAUUAUUACUAUGGUGUUUUAUCAUUAAGCUGUAACCACGUUCGCGGGAUGUUCAUUAUAAUUUUUAUAACAAUAUGAUGAAUUUGUGAUAUUUA